AUGGAGUCGGCUAAAGCCGCAGAGAAGGGCCCUCUUCUCGAGCUGCGUUCAACAUCGCGCGACGCUGCGCGCGAUCAGCACGGGCCGCGGCGAGGAUGGCGAUACUAUGUUGGACGGUCGGUGAUGAUUCUUUUUACCUUGUUAAUAGGGUCAUAUGCAUUUCGCUGGGUCACAGCGCCCGGUGCCGUUUACAGCAGCCAUAUGCCUCGGCAAAUCGACGACGAGCUUAUGGCUAAAAGGCUGGCGGCUUCACAGCGGACACAGCCUCUACUGUUGCAUCAUCAGCAUGACGGCCAAAAGCAGGCGAGGCUGGGGGGCAAAGCUCAGGCCUAUGGGACGUCUGGUAGCGCUAAAGAUGGCCAGUAUCUCAUUGGAGUUGGAAAGGCGGACAUCACGGGACCCGUUGUUGAAAUCAACAUGAUGGGCUACGCCAACUUCGAACAGGUCGGCAGUGGCGUCCGCCAACGCCUCUACUCGCGGGCUUUUAUCGUUGGCGACCUUCACAAUCCGGAAGACAGAUUCAUCUAUCUCGUUCUGGACACGCAGGCCGGCGAUACUGCUGUCCGAUAUGGUAUCCUUCGAGGCCUUCAGGAGCUAGGGCCUGAUUACGCCAUGUAUGGACACGACAACCUGGCCGUCACCGCGACACACUCUCAUUCUGGGCCCGGCGCCUGGCUCAACUAUCUCUUACCCCAACUCACCAGCUUAGGAUUCGACAAGCAGAGCUAUCAAGCCAUUGUGGAUGGCUGCUUGUUGUCUAUCCGCCGUGCACAUGAGAGCCUGGAGCCGGGUAGCUUAACCGCUGGCACCACCAAGGUUUUUGGCGCAAAUAUCAAUAGAAGUCUCUACGCAUAUCUUGCUAAUCCAGCAGAGGAAAGGGCCAAGUACAACGUCAGCGCGGAGGACGAUGGGUCUGUGGAGAAGGAUCUGACUCUGCUUAAAUUUAGAAGAGCAUCCGAUGGCAAAAGCAUUGGCGUGCUUACUUGGUUCCCCACCCAUGGCACUUCGAUGUUAGCCAACAACACCCUAAUAACGGGAGACAACAAAGGCGUGGCCGCCUACCUGUUUGAGAAAAAAGUUCGUGAAAGAGAGAAUGAGACGGACGACUUUGUUGCCGGCUUUUCUCAGGCGAACAUGGGGGAUGCCAGCCCCAACACGCUUGGUGAGUGGUGUGACGAUGGCUCUGGCGAGAGGUGCGACUGGAUAUCAAGCUCCUGCAAGAGCACUGGCAGAAGUAGGAAAUGCCACGCACGAGGACCUUUUUUCAGGGAGAAGGAUGAGGGAGCGACAUCCUGUUUUGAGAUUGGCAAGAAGCAGUACGAAGCCGCCCUCGACUUGUACCUUUCUAUGGAUACCAUGCCGGCAAAUGUUAAGGGAUCAGGUGUCAAAGCGUUUCAUCGCUUCCAUGACAUGUCUGAUUUCCAAUUUCAGCUGCCCAAUGGCUCGUCGGCUCGCACAUGCUCGGCGGCGCUGGGCUACUCUUUCGCAGCCGGCACCUGGGAUGAACCAGGCCACUACGAAAUUACGCAGCAUGGCUCCAAUGAGUCAAACACAAAUCCCGCUUGGAAAUUGAUACGAUGGGUUAUCGGAGCUCCUAGCCCCGAGCAGAUCCAAUGCCAUUCCCCAAAGCCUAUCCUCUUGAAUGUUGGCAAGACUCGCUUUCCGUAUCACUGGACACCGGAUAUUGUGGACUUGCAGACUUUCAGAGUCGGCCAGUUUAUCAUUAUUGUCAGUCCCGGAGAAGCAACAACAAUGGCGGGCCGUCGAUGGAAAGAAGCGGUUGCUGAGAGCAGCAAAAUCCAGUUGGCAGAUGAAUUGGCUGGCAAUGAGCCCAUUGUCGUGUUUGGAGGACCCAGCAACACGUAUACUCAUUAUAUCACAACAGAGCAGGAGUAUGGUCGCCAACGCUACGAAGGGGCUUCGACUUUGUAUGGGCCACACACCCUAGCGGCUUACAUUGAUCGAACCAAGGCUCUGCUUCCUCUUUUGCGGGAUGAUGCUCCUGGCAGAGAUUCCAACUCCAGUGAUACUGGACCCUUGCCCCCAGACAAUAGCGAUAAAUCUAUUGGUUUGAACACGGGCGUCUUGUUUGAUACGACACCACAAUCUCGUUCAUUUGGAGACGUGAUUAUCAACGUUGGCAGGCCCCAGUUUACACGCGGAGACAAGGUAAAAGCAACAUUUGUCGGAGCCAAUCCGAGAAACAAUUUACGACUAGAGGAGACGUAUGCCGCUGUUGAGCAUCGCUAUGCUGGUGAAGCAGAGUGGAAAACCGUGCGCGAUGACUCGGACUGGGCACUCGUCUACCAGUGGAAGCGAACCAGUCUGUUCAAGGGCACCAGCGAAGCAACAGUUGCAUGGGACAUUGAGGACUGGGCAAAGCCAGGAGAAUACAGACUCUGCUACUUUGGCAAUGCCAGAUCCAUUGGCGGCGAGGUUACGGCGUUUGAAGGUAAAAGCGCGGCGUUUACGGUCGGUUAA